AUGGAAGCGGUCGGUCUAGCAGACGCGGCGCCUGCAGAAGACCUGGAGUCGAAAACCUCCAGGCCUCGACGAGACCGCAAGGCCAAUGCAGAGACGCAGAACGGUCUCCCAGUUUUCUGUCGAACUAGACACUUCAACAGAGCAACGGCUACGUAUUCGGUGCCGCUCUGGGACUUCACCUCUCGAUGGUUGCCUGAUGAGUUAAAGGCCCUCGAGCCCACAAAAUCAGUUCGGGGCUCUCGUUUUGAACCUCCUGGACGGACAGGAGAGGCUUCCGAGGACCAGAAUGAUACUGAGAUCGGAGGGGAGGAAAAGGAAAACCAGCCCGAAGAUCCGGGACCAGAGCUUCCAAGCGAGAGUGAGGAAAGCGAGGUUGCUUGGGAGGGGCAUUUGGGUGUGGAAAGCAGAGCCUGGGCCAGGGGUGUGGUCGAUGGGGCGCUUAUAUUGCUUCGACGACUGCAAUGCGGCUCAGAUCCUCCCUCAGCAUAUGGCCUGGGUGUUUGUGCGGCUUUGAUUCCACCCGAGACGCUUGCAGAAGGCAGUGAUCUGUCCUUGGACAGGCGUUUAGCAGAGAUUUUGCGGACCCGCUCCCCUCGGUGGGCUGUGUGUGCGUUGCGCAGUGGUCAUUUCGCCGGGGCCGUUUUCAACGGGCAAGAGGCCGUUAUCCACAAAGCGAUUCAUCGGUACACGGUCCGAGCAAAAGCUGGCGGAUCGCAGAGUGCGUGCGACAGCAGCAAGAAAGUGAAGAGUGUUGGCUCCUCCCUGCGCCGCUAUGGAGAGCAGCGGCUCGCAGAAGAAAUCAAAGAGCUGAUGACUGACAAGUGGGCGCAGCACUUAGCGGAGUGUGAAUUGGUUCUAGUAUCUGUUUCGAAGCGAAUGAGGCCGACCCUAGUUGGCACUGAGAAGGAGCCGUUUUUGCCCGACCCGCGGAAAGUCCGCAAGCUGCCUUUCAUGAUUGGCAAGCCAACUUUCGAAGCGGUACAAGCAGCCUACCUCCGGGCUGCUAGUGUUGUGUUCUGCGAAGAGGGCGUUGCAGAUGCAGUCACUGCAAGGUUCAGGCCGGCACCUGUCAGAACGGAAGAGCCUAAGCAGGCGGCGUCUCCUUCAGAAGAGAUAGCAGAAGAAGAACCAGUGGAAGCUCCGGCUGUCAAGUAUUCCGAGGAGGAUGACCCUCUCUUCUCGAGUCUGCAUGUGGCAGCCCAAAGCAAUGAUGUCAAGGCGAUCACCGAGGAACUGGAACAGGGUGCAGACCCGACUUCUCGCGACAGCAAGGGCCGAGUGCCGUACUAUCUAUGUGCGACAUCGCAGGCGCGAGAAGCCUUUCGAAAAUGGCGGGGCAGCAACGAAGAUGCAUGGGAUUGGGCAUCUGCGCAGGUGCCUGAAGGAAUCACAGAUGAGACGGAACAGCGCAAGAAAGACAAGGAGAAGGAAAAGAAAAAGAGGCAGAAGGAGAAGCAAAAGGCCAAUAAGGUCAAAGAGAAGGAAGAGGAGGAGGAGAGGCAAAGGAAGGAGGAGGAGGAGAGGAAGUUGUUGGAAGCUGCCCAAACCAAAUGUGACAUGUGUCAGACACCAGUGCUUUCGAAGCCUUUCACAAGGCUUGACUAUUUUUAUUGUUCUUCUGAAUGUGUCAAUUCUCACAGAAGACAGCUACAAGCAGAAGCUGCUCUCAAAAGGUUUGGAGGUUCCGGCUAG